AUGGAGAGAAAUCCAGUCUCUGUGAGACCACCCAGGACGUCGACACGACUUACGACUUGGGUUAUGUCGGUCACGACAGGCUUCUUGGCACUUGUUUCCAUCAUUGGUAUUGGACUCGCGGCAUCGAUCUUCUCAUCAGAGAAUGUGCAUACAUCUGGUGUGAGCGCAACUCAAACCUUCCUUCUGAUCUCGUCCAUAAUCUCGAUCCUGUACACCGUCGUGUACCUCCUCACGACACUACAGAGCAAUCAUUCGGGAGAGUUUCUGCGCAAGAUACGCGCUCUUUGUUUUAAGAUCGCUUGCCUGGCAAUGAUCUUUUGGGUUGUGACAUUGAUUGCCUCUUGCGUGGUUAUUUCAAAGCCAUCUUUAUGCUUGAAGGGGAAUCGAGACUGCAACUUGCAGGUAGUCGCCAUAGUUGAAUCAGGGCUCGCAGUACUGUUGAUGGGAAUCCUUUUGAUAGCGUUGAGUUGCUAUCCGUCUGAAAGGUCUGAGGCCUUUCUUAUUCCUCGGAGGUUCUCCAGCCGAGUAAACUGGUCCAGCGGUACGCCGAAUCACAACUCGCAGGCAUCCUCCUACCUAGAAGAUUUACACAUAAGAGGUAAACCGAGAGGCGUAACCAAUGAACGAGCAAUAAGGAGAAAGCCGGUUCCAGUUUCGGCAUCUGGGCCCCACCAACACCCCGAAGAAUUUCCCCUCUCACCGUUGCCUCCCAUGUUGGAGAGAUCGAGGCUAAGAGAGCAGCGGGAAGAAUUGCCUGAUCAUUUGAAUGAUUCUAACCCUGGAAAGAAAGGUACUGUUGCCCAAGACUUGGAGACCCCAACCUCGGACAACAUCUCUGGAUAUGGAGACUUUUCAGAUCCAAGUGGCUUCUUGCAAAUCCCGGCGUCGACAGGGACAGGAUGGGCACAACCCGUGACUCUAAGGAGUAGCACCAGUAUCCCCAGACGGUCAUCUAUGUAUACGAUGAGGCCUGCAGAAUACCCAGAGGUCGCAAUACAUCCUGAGUUGGGAUUCUUUGCACCCGCCAUUCCACCACCACACCAGUGGAGCCCGUAUAGAACAGCGUCUCUGUCACAAUUACUUCCUGUGGCAGAUUUGUACGGUGUGCCAAGGAGGCCUCUCAAUAUCCCUGCACCAUUGAGGAUUGGAAGGCCAAUCAGGGACUUUCCUCCAAUUCCAUACCCGUCGAGCGAGGUCACCUCAGCAGUCAAGAGAAGAAAGAGUAUAGAUAUAAAGGUUCCUGGCGCUUACAUUAACUAUCCUCCUACGGUUGAAACUGGAACGGAGUCCGCGAGAGGACGCGAGGAGGAUCGACGUGGAGUCGAUAGCCAGAACCUAGGCCUGGAGAGGAAAGCCGUCCGAAUCGUCUCUCCGACUACCGAUGAGAUGUCUUGA